AUGGGACAAGGCUUGGUACUGGGCUACCCAACUUUACUCAUAGCAGCUCUGGACUCCCCCAUUAACUCUGAUCUUACUUCUAUGUCGUGGUUAGCGGCAUCUUUCGGUCCAUCUACAAUGACAGGAGUCAUAUUAGCAUCCUUCUGCAUGGACUGGUUGGGUCGUAAAUCAGCUUUUCUAUUAUUAAUACUACCCGGUACUACUGGCUUACUGAUAAUGUAUUUCGCUCAAAGCUACUUACCGCUUCUAAUCGGUCGUGUGCUUAGCGGGAUAACGACAGGAGGAACGUACACAGUAGGUGUGGUCACCAUCGCAGAAUGCGUUCAUCCCAAAUAUAGAUGCAUGUACUUGAAUCUUAAAACAGCCAGUUUCACUUUAGGAACUGCAAUACUUCAGGGUCUCGGAGAUUAUAUUCAUUGGAGGAGCGCAGCUAUCGUUAUAUUAAUUCCACAUGUGAUGUCUUUAGUAAUGGCUUCAAUGUGGAUAGAAAGUCCAGCUUGGUUCGCCUCAAAGAAACGAUUUGACGAAUGCGAAGCUGCUUUCUUUUGGAUCAGAGGUAAAAGCGAUUCUUCCAAAACGGAAUUGAACGAAGUAAUGAAAGCACAAAAUUGUCCCACAAAAGCAAAAACAAAAAGUAUAGUUGGAUUAUUAGAAACUAUUACUAGAAAAGAUUUCCUCAAACCAUUGCUAAUAAGUACCAUUGCCGCUAUUGUUAUGGAGGCGUCUGUUUCAACAAAUAUUUUAUCGAAUGACAGACCCUGGGUAGCAAUUGCUCUUCUCAUAGUCUACUUUUUUCUAGCGAAUUUAGGUUGCAAUCCAAUACCGCUAGCAUUAUUAGCUGAAGUAUUUCCAUUAGAGCAUAAGAUGAUUGGAAAUAUUGCAAUAGGAGCGAUUUCGUCAAUGAUCAUAAUGGUUAGUUUAAAAGUCACUCCUUAUUUAUUAGCUGAUAUAAAGACGUAUGGAACGUUUGUUAUUUACGGCACUAUUACUUUAAUAGGGUUAUUGAUCUUAUAUUUCAUCAUGCCCGAAACAAAGGAUAGGACAAUGCAAGAGAUUGAAAACUACUUCGGAGGUGGAAGAUCAAGAAAUAACAAUGAAAAUGAAAUGGAGAAUGAAGCGAAUAGAAAAAUUAUUGAAAAUCAAUAA